AUGACGUAUAAUGAGCGAAUCGAAGCAAUACAUCACAAUUCUAGGUUCGUCCCCCAUCAACGACGACAGCUUAAGAGAAAGCUGCAAGAGCCAACGACUAAUGCACACGAAGUCGUCGUUGAUGGGGCACAAACCUCUAUCUCAAAAUUAUUCCGUUUACUCGUAAUAUUAAAAAUGUUUUGCGCUGCCUGCACGUACUACUUGACUCUCCCACUUGCUUUCACGACUGAACAGAAGCAGGCAGCCGUGGAAGUGCACAUGCUCUACUGCUGUCCAAGGGCACAUGAAUCGAUUUUAGAUGACAGGAGAGUCAAGCGCAACAGAUUAGAGCUGACAGAAACGGGUGAAAUGGCACAGCAUCUUCACUCUCCAGGUGAGAUAUUUUUCUAUUAA